AUGCCUAAAGUAAAGAGUCGAUUGACUUCUCGUGAGGAAAAAUGCUUAAUCGAUAUUGAUCUUAUAUCGCCCGAACGUCACGACUUCGCCUUGAUGUUGUUGUGCUCCCGAAUACUCUAUCGAUGCCAACUCAAAUGCUUUCAAUACACACGCCUUAGCGUUAACGACGUAUGUAACAUUGUGCAAUGUGAGGUGGAUAAACUGCCAGAAUUGCUCUCUGCAAUUGGUGCUUCAUUGGAAGCCAAUGGAAGUAUGAGUGGUGUAAAUCACCAUGAGAACUUGAUGAUGCUAGAUUUUCGUAAUCAACUGCUGAAUUCGGUGUUCCCAUUGGACGUGAUAAAAAAUUUGUUGGUCGCCGAACAAUCUUCGAGAAGUCUACGUAGUCAACAUGAAAAGAACGUCAGAAAAUUGUAUCGAAACCUGGUAAAUAUGACCGAGGAUCUCAAGAAGUUCAUGCACAGUUCUCCUCCAAACUCGCCCACAAACACGAACAAUCCUUCGGCCCAAUCCUCGACGAUGGUUACGACUGCGAGGAAAAGAUUCCAAUUUCGUCCGAUCUUCUUCGUAAACAGGUACCUCCUGAGCACCGAAGGAAUUUCCGACAAUGGCGAGGAAUUCUUUAUUAACCCACCAAAGCCCGUCCUAUGGCUUCCCGUUCUCACCAACAAAGAACGCAUCACCCAACGCACAACUUCGGCCUUCUCACUGAGAAAGAAGACUGAAUUCACAAAGAACAACGGACCAUCAUUCAGACCUCAAUUACUUCGAAUGAACUUUGUGCAGACAUUUGGUAGCAAACAAGAUCAACAACAGCAAGCGCAUCCACGUCGUCAAACAAACGUCACACAACACCGUGCUGACAACCGAUCGCCGUUAUCGGGCGAAGGGCGUCAUGUUACAUCGACUCGUUCACAACAGAAUAGGUUGCCAACCACUACCACCGCAUAUGAGCAUGAAGAAUACCAGGAUAAAUCACAAGCAAGGACGUCGUCUUCUUCAGACUUUACGUCCGUCACCUCCAUCGGCGCUAUAAUAAGCCACGACGGUGCUCCCAAAGUGAACAACGCUUGUCAUUCACCAAUAAGCACGGGUAACCAUAUGUACUCACCGAUCUCCUCACCAACGUCCUAUGCCUCAUCGGCAACCACUCCCCCACAAAUAGUUAAGCCCACACCGAAACGUCUCCCGUUUCCUAUUAAUACAGAUCCCAAUAUAAUCAUCCACCCAAAGAAUAUGACACCAUCACUCAAUACACCAAUCACCCCGCCUCUGUCGUCCGCCACCUCUCGGUCUCUGGUACCAUUAACACCCUCUUUGGCCUCCCCGGGAACCUGUGAUUGCAGUCCACUGAACUUCUCUCACGAUUUCCGAAAAUUAUGUCCUUGCGUGAUGAACCAGAGUAACAACAACAGUAAACAGCACAAGAGUCAAUACGCGGCUCAUCAGAUUCAAACGCCGUUGGCCACCCCACCGUUAUUUAAGAUGAGCUUUGAGUUCGAAGGAAGGAGGAACUCUUUGAUGGAUCACGCGUCCUCAAGAUGCAACAUUUCGUCAUCUCCCGUCUCAUUAUCUUCCUUCUCACUCUCAUCUCCAUCACAUCCCUCGCCCACUUCAACGGUCAAUGACUAUUUCUACACCUCACCUGGCUCUAUUACCAAUCAUGGUAAUAACAGAGGACAUUUCGCUGAUGAGUUCUGA